AGACCGGGGCGGAGAAACCACAACUCCCGUGAGCCUCCGCGGCGCCACCGCCCCAGGAGCGCAAGCGCAGUGGGGAGCGUUGGUUUUUGAAUCCGCGGCGUUGUUAUUGACGCCAUAUUGCUGGUGUGGGAGUCACGGAGGGAAGCGCCGCUGCCGCCCAGGCCCCACCGCCAUCGCUCGUCAUCGGCGGCCCCGGACCGGGUAACAGGACCCGGCCCCUCGCCCCUCGGCACAGCUUCUAGCCCGCUACCAGUUGCGGGCGGAAUUGGCCCGGCUAGGGCAGGGCGGGCGGUGAGAGCGGAGAUCCAGCCGGCCGAGCCGGAGCCUCUGGCGGGGCCGGCACCGCUCCCCAGAGAGAGGCCGACAGGGAGGCGGUGGAGGCCCUGACGCAGCUGCCCCCUCCUUUCCCUGCCGCCCUCCUUUCCCUCCCCCCCUGCCCGCCCCAGACAGCGGGGAAGGCGCGUCUGGGCAGGGCCGGCUGCUGCCGCCACCACCACCGCCGUUGCCGUCGUCUCCCUUGCCUCUCGCUCUGAGCCCCCUUCCUCCGCCCCGCCGCCGCCCUGCGCCAUGGCUUGCGGCGCCACUUUGAAAAGGACUCUGGAUUUCGACCCGCUGCUGAGCCCGGCGUCCCCGAAGCGGAGGCGAUGUGCGCCAUUGUCAGCCCCGGCCUCGGCCGCUGCCUCCUCCUCCUUCGCCGCCGCCUCCCCGCAGAAAUACCUGCGUAUGGAGCCCUCGCCCUUCGGAGAGGUGUCGUCCCGGCUCACCACAGAACAAAUUCUGUACAACAUAAAACAGGAGUACAAACGCAUGCAGAAGAGGAGACACUUAGAAAAUAGCUUCCAGCAGACAGAUCCUUGUGGUUCUACUGAUGCACAGCCACAUGCAUUUCUCCUUACUGGACCAGCUUUGCCAGCCUCAUCACCAUUGAAAAAAGAACAGCCCCUGUUUACUCUCAGACAAGUUGGAAUGAUCUGUGAACGCUUGCUGAAAGAACGUGAAGAGAAAAUCCGUGAAGAGUAUGAAGAAAUUUUGACCACAAAACUUGCAGGUGAAGCUCAUCCCUGCAAGAGGAUGGGGACUUUAAUGGGGCAAACCUGUGGGACUAGGAACCACUACAAAUCUAACUGCAUUUUUGGUUGAAGAUUGCCUUCUUUGACCUUGCCCCUUUCUCAGAACACCCCACAUUGCUGCACAUGUAUUUUUCCACAAGGGAGGAAGGGCAAUGGAGAGGAGCAGCAUCUGGUAGAUAUUACUCUCCUUGUUCAAUUUCCUAACUCUGAAAGGUGAUAUCCUGCUGAUGAGUGCAAUAUUAAAUUGAAUAAAAUAUUGCAAAUGUAUUUGUGUGUAUGUGCAUAAAAAGAAUAAUCUUUCAGGAAAAUAGAAAUACUUAGUUCAAAGCCAGAUUGAUACAUUUGAAUCUAAAUUUCAUUUUGGAUUGCACAGUAGUUGUUUUCAUGAAGUCCACAGUCAACUACAUGUCUCUAUUGUGGCUACUUCUGUGAUUGGAGUUAAUCAAGUGCUAGUCACUUGGUGUUUCAUUCUUUUAGUUUGUUACUUGUGUUUGAUUUUCUGGUGGUCAACAAAAAGAAUUUCCUAAUUCCAUAGCAAGUGCCUUUCCUCUACUUCUGUGUUUCCAUUUCAUUAAACAGACUUUCUUGCGUCUGGUACUGGUAAAAGCAGAGGUUGUGUUUCCAACCCUAGCACUGACUUUAAUACUAUGUUUGCUUAACUAUUUUGCCCCCAUUAUGGAUCUGUGAAAUGAUUACAUUUGAUUACUUCAAAAUACCGUGUCUGAUGCUUAGCAGGCAUUAGGUAUGUUGAGGUCUGUGUGUGUGUGCAGCACAGUUCUCCUUGAGCAUAUUACCAUCAUUCCCAUUACAGAUGUUUAUAUGGGAAAGUUUCUUAAUUAGGGGGAUGUUGUUUUGGGGGUGGUCAGGAAUGGGGAUUUUGGACAUUGCUGCCUUGUUGUUCUGGGGAUGAAAAGGUAUGAACUGUGUGAAGUCACUUAAAACUACUGUUAGUGGAUGUGUGUUUAACUUGUAUAUAUAAAAAAGUAUGUUCCAGCCUCAGUUAAUGUACUCAC